CCUAGUUCACAAGACGCUGUCAACAUGGGCAAAGUUCACGGAUCGCUCGCCCGAGCCGGUAAGGUUAAAUCGCAAACACCCAAAGUAGAGAAGCAGGAGAAGAAGAAAACGCCAAAGGGCCGUGCCAAGAAGCGUCUCCUGUACAACCGCAGAUUCGUGAACGUCACAACACUCACUGGGGGCAAACGGAGAAUGAACCCCAACCCAGAAAAGUAAAUCACCCGGUAUAUGAGAUUUAUAUCCAGACAACCAGCAUGGCAUGGUGGUGAUGGGCCUGUAUCAUGGAGGGGGAGGGCUGGGAGGCAAAGCGGAUGCCUCCUGACUGCAUUGAAGCGACUCUUGACUUGUUUGCAUGCAUCGACACAUGUGUUAUUUGAUCCCUUUCUCUAUGCUACAUUAUACACUUGCCAUGGAUGACAUGCAGACAUGCCAGUUUUCAUGGAAUAUGCACUUCGGGGUGUGGUGUGAGUGACCUGCCAAAAUGGCGUAUAUAGAGAGAGAGCUCCGCUGUGGGGUCCGACCCACACUGCAACGACUCUGACACAUCCACACUCGUACAACAUG